CCAGGCUUGGUAGCUGAGGGUGAGCAGGCCUCGAAGCCGCGCCGCCAUUUUGAGGGCCUUUCGCAUUCCUGCCCGCAAAAGCGCGCGCAAGGGCUGAAGGGAGCGCUGACGUUCUGAGGUGAGAGGCGGAAGAGAGGCAGCUUCCGGCGCCGGAGAGAGAGAGAGAGUCGGUGUCCGCCAUUAUCCGCGUCCGAGGGAGUCUGACUGAAGGCCUCGCUCGCGUUGCCAUGGCGACGGCUGCGGCCUAGUGCUGCGGCCUCGCGUAGCGGCCGGACAUGUCUCUGGUGGCCUACGCCAGCAGCGAGGAGGAGGCCGAGGACAGCGAGGAGGAGGAGGCAGACGAAGAAGAAGAGUCCGAGGAAGGCCCAGGUCGGAGCAAGGGCCUCUUCUCGGCCUUGCCGCCGCCCAAAGGCUCCCGGCCUCUUCCGCCCUCGCCUCCUCCCCCGGCGCCCUCGGAGCCAGGCCUCGCCUCCAGGACCAGGAAGAGGACGCAGCCCGUCCGCAUCGCCGCGCCGCAGCUGGGCUCCGGGGACUCAGAUUCAGAGGAGGAUGAACCGGUUAAAAAGCAGCCCACCUCCCAGGGCCACGGUGAGGGCACCGGACUGUCUGCUCUGCUUCCACAGCCCAAAAACCUGACCGUGAAGGAGACCAACCGGCCACUCUUGCCCUACGUCUUCUCUAGGAAAGCGGCUGAGAAAUCCUCAGAAGAGCCCAAGGGCCCGGGCUCAACAGCGGCCCCCUCCAAGCCCAAGGUCAAACCCCCAUCACUCCAGGCGGCCGCCUCAGCCGUCACCACUACGCCCUCCCCUUCGGCCAUCAAGGCGGCCGCCAAAAGCGCCACCCUCCAGGUGACCAAGCAGAUCACCCAGGAGGAGAAUGAGAGUGAUGAGGAGGUGGCCCCUGAGAACUACUUUUCCUUGCCUGAGCGGAGGGAGCCACCUGCCCCCUUGGGCCCCGAACCCUUCCUUUUCACGGCUACAGUUGUGCCAGACGACCUGCCUCCCGGGACGGAGCCUGAGGACCAGGAUGUCUCCACAGCUGCCAAUGCCCCCUUGGAGUUCAAAACGGCUUCAGGUUCAAGCGCUGCUUCCCAUGGCUGGGCACCCAAGCCGGGCGAAGAGUACAGCAGCCAGCCUUACCCACCUUAUCCCGGCUACAGCGAGGGUUACUAUGGCAGUGGCUACUACCAGGAGAUAGACCCUGCGCCGGGGCCGCUGCAGGAGGCUGGCAGUGACACUGCUUCUGCCACCACUGUUGCUUCUUCUUCUUCCUCCUCCUCCUCCUCCUCCUUCAUGGAUGAUGAAGCGUUCAAGCGCCUGCAAGGCAAGCGGAACCGUGGGCGAGAGGAGAUCAACUUUGUGGAGAUCAAGGGAGACGACCAGCUGAGCGGCGCCCAGCAGUGGCUAACCAAGUCCCUCACGGAAGAGCAGAACAUGAAGUCCUUCAGCAAGAAAAAAGGAGAGCAGCCCACUGGGCAGCAGCGGCGGAAGCACCAGAUCACAUACCUGAUUCACCAGGCAAAAGAGCGAGAGCUGGAGCUGAAGAACACGUGGGCGGAAAACAAGCUGAGCAGGCGGCAGACGCAGGCCAAGUAUGGCUUUUAGAACCUCUCCUCCUGACUUGUGGAGCCAGGCAGCAGCCUCUGACACUCCCGCAGGGCAGGUGACCAGAGAGGGUGAUUGUGGAGGCCCUCAGGGGCUGGCCACCAGCCUGCCUACCUGCUGAAGGCCCAGCUCAACUCUGGCAUCUUGGCUGAGCUCCUCCAGAGCGGGAGGAGAGAUGGAUCCUCCCUGAGGUCACAGGAUGGAUGGCCUUCCCUUCUGACCUCUCUCUCGUUCCUUUCCGGUUGCCAUCGGGAUACAGAGACUGGCCUGUUUGCCUCCUUUCUUGGAGGAGUGUGCCAGUUGAGAGAAGUGAGGUGGUUGCGGGGCCUCUUGCUUUUGGGUGGGGGGGUGGAAUGGGUCCGAGAGCCCUUUGUGUGGCCUGGCUGAGAACUCUCCCUCUUCCCGGGGUGUGUUGGUGUGGAUUUGCGUUCCAGGCCCCAGCUCCCCAAAGGAGCUUCCUCCACCUCCGCUUUGUGGAGUAGAGACAGCAACUCUAUCCCCGUUCCUGCUUGAGAACUCUUCCCAAAGCAGCCCUGCCCUCUGUUCCUAAAUGAGAGUGGUUCUGGAGGUGGCCGUGUGAGCUAUUCCCCAGCCCUUCCACGAGCCAUAAAGACACAGCACUGCGCUACCCUUAUUUGCCUCACAUGGGCACCAUCAGGCUGAGCCCAGUGUCCACCCCUCAGAGCAAAAGCCAGCUCUAUUCAUGGGAUGGGCCGUGUGUUUACCUCUCGAAUCCCAAAUUGGAGCCCCUCUGGAAGACAUGCGUUCUCUCUGUCAAUAUGAGGCUCCUUUGCCCCCCAUCCCAGAUUCCCUGGGAUGGGAUGGAUUUCGCACCCCCACUCUUCAUCAUAGCCCCCAGCUCUCUUGUGCGCUCUUCCUCUUGGGUUGCCUCGUCCUUUGUUCUCGUUUCACCACCAUCGUCCGGAUUGCAGCCGCCUCCCUUUUGGAAGAGGCGUCGUCUUCUCUGCAAGAGUUGUUGAAUGAAUUGUAUUUUUACUCAAGGAAAAUUCUAGUUUAUUUCCCUGGACUUUUUAGUACUUAGAAAAACUGCUCUCUUUUUUUUCCCCCCUCUCCUUUUGAAUAUUCCGGAAUAAAACUUCUCGUUCAGAAAUUUUA